CUUACCCCGGGUAGCUCCAUGGAGCAGUGUGGGAAUGCUCUGUCCGUAGGUGGGAAGCAGAGAACCGGACGGCAGCCACAUUUCGGCCACACCAUCCUGGACUGCCUCGGCUGCUCGCGUGCUCAAGAGUGACCAGAUUUCAUAGCACGGCACCGGGCUUGGCUUAGAAACAUCUGCGGGGUGGAAAAAGAAGCGCGUUUAUUCCUGCGCCGCUGUCAGGAUGAUGUGACAAAUCACUCAUCUGCUGCUUUGGGGAAAACAUCUGUGAAACCGGAUUUUUUUUUUUUUUCACUGCUGGAGAUCAUCUGAGCUGGUUGUUAUAAGGCUGGCAGGCCUAGGGUGGGACAGAGAACAUGGCUGAACCACGGCGGGAGAGCACCAGCAGCCUGCAGAGGAAGAAACCUCCCUGGCUCAGACUGGACAUUCCCACAGCUCAGAUGUCGCUGGACGAGCCUCCCACUUUUGUUCAGCCGGUGAAGAGGCAGGGGUUCCUGCGCAGUAUCAGCAUGCCAGUGGAGACCACUCACCUCCAGUCCCCACCCCGUGACCUCUUUGACACCCGACGGCCUGUCUUGCAACGCCAGUCAUCCAUUACUCAGACCAUAAAGAGGGGAACAGCAGACUGGUUUGGAGUCAGUAAGGACGGCGACGCCACCCAGAAAUGGCAGAGGAAAAGUCUGCGCCACUGCAGCCUGCGCUACGGGAAGCUGAAACCACAGGUGAUCCGAGAGAUGGAUCUGCCCAGCCAGGACAACAUCUCCUUAACCAGCACUGAGACCCCACCUCCUCUCUAUGUCCCCUCCUCACAGCAUGGCAUGCAAAAGAUCGUGGACCCAUUGGCGCGAGGACGAGCCUUCCGUAUGGUGGAAGAAGUGGACGGCUACAGCGUGCCUCAGACCCCCAUCACCCCCGGAGCGGCCUCCCUCUGUUCCUUCACCAGCUCCCGCUCAGGUCUCAACCGACUGCCCCGCAGGCGCAAGAGGGAGUCUGUGGCAAAGAUGAGCUUCAGGGCCGCAGCAGCGCUGGUCAAGGGGCGUUCGUUACGGGAGAGCACUCUGAGACGGGCCCAAAGACGAAGCUUCACCCCUGCCAGCUUCAUGGAUGAAGAUGUGGUCGACUUCCCUGAUGAACUGGACACAUCCUUCUUUGCCAGAGAUAUUCUGAUGCAAGAGGAGUUGUCCACGUACACAGACGAGGUGUUUGAGUCACCGUCUGAGGCGGCCAUGAAGGAGGCAGAACCCAGCAGCAAGAAAGAUGAAACGGAGUUGACAGGCAGCGCCCUAGAUAAAAGCGAGCUGGAGAGAAGUCACCUCAUGCUACCUCUGGAGCGAGGGUGGCGUAAAGCCAAAGAAGGAACUCCAGGACCACCGAAGGUGCCGUUGCGGCAGGAGGUGGUGAGCGUAAACGGACAGCGGCGUGGCCAGCGCAUCGUUGUACCUGUCAAGAAACUUUUUGCCCGAGAGAAGAGGCCUUAUGGGUUGGGCAUGGUGGGGAAGCUCACAAACCGCACCUACCGCAAGCGUAUUGACAGCUACGUCAAGAGGCAGAUAGAGGACAUGGAUGACCAUAGGCCUUUUUUUACAUACUGGAUCACCUUUGUCCAUUUGCUCAUCACUAUCUUGGCUGUAUGCAUCUAUGGCAUUGCACCAGUGGGCUUCUCCCAGCAUGAGACGGUUGAUUCUGUUUUAAGAAACAAAGGCGUGUAUGAAAAUGUCAAGUUUGUGCAGCAGGAGAACUUCUGGAUCGGGCCGAGUUCGGAAGCUCUGAUCCACUUGGGGGCCAAAUAUUCUCCAUGCAUGCGGCAGGACAAGCAGGUGCAUGAACUUAUCAGGGAAAAGAGAGCUAUCGAACGCAACUCUGCCUGCUGUGUGCGGAACGAUCGCUCUGGCUGUGUCCAAACCUCAGAAGAGGAAUGUUCGAGCACUCUGGCUGUGUGGGUGAAGUGGCCGAGGCAUUCCAGCACUCCCCAGUUAAAUGGUAAAAACAGACAGCACGGCUCGGUGUGCCAUCAGGACCCCAGGAUAUGUCUAGAGCCUGCCUCGGUAUCACCUCACGAAUGGCCUGAUGAUAUCACCAAGUGGCCAAUUUGUACCAGGUACAACACAGGGAACCACACCAACCUGCCUCAUAUAGACUGUACCAUCACAGGCCGACCCUGCUGCAUAGGAACCAAAGGGAGGUGUGAAAUCACAUCCCGGGAAUAUUGUGACUUCAUGAUGGGCUACUUUCAUGAGGAGGCUACUCUCUGCUCUCAAGUGCACUGCAUGGAUGAUGUAUGUGGACUGUUGCCUUUCCUCAACCCUGAGAUCCCAGAUCAGUUUUACAGGCUCUGGCUCUCACUUUUCCUGCAUGCUGGGAUUCUUCACUGCCUGGUGUCGGUGGCGUUCCAGAUGACCAUCCUGAGGGACCUGGAGAAGCUGGCGGGCUGGCUGCGCAUCUCAAUCAUUUACAUCAUCAGUGGCAUCACUGGCAACUUGGCUUCAGCCAUCUUCCUGCCCUACAGAGCAGAGGUGGGUCCAGCUGGCUCUCAGUUCGGGAUCCUGGCCUGCCUGUUUGUGGAGUUGUUUCAGAGCUGGCAGAUCCUGGCCCAACCGUGGAGGGCCUUCACCAAGCUCCUGUGUGUGGUGCUCUUCCUCUUUGCCUUUGGGCUGUUGCCCUGGAUCGACAAUUUUGCCCACAUUUGCGGCUUCAUCUCUGGCUUCUUCCUGUCCUUCGCCUUCCUACCCUACAUCAGCUUCGGCCGCAUGGACCUGUACCGCAAACGCUGUCAGAUCAUCGUCUUCCUGCUGGUGUUUGUCGGGCUCUUUUCAGGCCUCGUGGUGCUCUUCUAUGUCUACCCAAUCAAGUGUGAAUGGUGCGAGUUGCUCACCUGCAUCCCUUUCACGGACAAAUUCUGCGAGAAGUACGACCUCAACGCUCACCUUCACUGAAAGCGCGGACGUGUUGUGAGCUCAACGGGAAGGCAUCAGGUCAAAAGAUGUGGAAUGGCAAGUGAUAUCAGCCAGUCUGUGUCUCCAUUCUGCUCCUGUGUGGCUGGGGGACUGUCACCCCCCCCCCCUGUGAACUACAACAAUAUGCUUGUGUUUUUUUUUUUGUUUUUUUUUACUCUGUCAGUAUGAAUACCUAUGCCACUCAUCAUAAGAACUUCCUUUAAUCACCUCCCUGUUCACAGACAGUCAUUGUCACUCCUUCACUGUCCGGUGAAACAAAGGUAUGGCACCUGUGAAGCUCCCGGCUGCCCUUUACAUGUGAGGUAGGAAUUAUACAAACCAGCGCUGGUACAGAGAGAAGGAAUAUUGUUUUUUUUUUUGUUUGUUUUUUUUUUACAUUCACACUCCAGACAUUGGUUUUUAUUAUUAUUCAGGCAACCUCAUACAGAAGCAGGGACGAAAAUCAAAUAUUGAUACCUUUGGUGCCUUGUUGAUAAAUGUACCAACUACUGCCAUAUUUUUGUUACAUUAUGCUGAGCACUCGAAUGUUUUUCUUUUAUUUGUUUUAUUGCUUCUCAAGAAGUGAUGAUUGUUUUGAACACGGUAGUGUUUUAGCUACCUGUCUACUCACAUGUAACUGAAAACAACAGUAAAAA